AUGCUGGUCAACACACCUGCUGAUUUUUGGAUGGAUCCUUCACCCCAAUGGCAUUGUGGUGGUUUGACAUCUUAUCCACCACCACCCGUGACCCCUUCACCCACACGGUCGCAACAAUUUAUCACCGAUGAUAUACGACAACCACCUCGAUCCACUCCCAUGAUACGUAAAAGCUUUGUUCAGCAUUCACCUUUACGAAGCAAACGUGCCAAUCGCAAAUCAUCCACCUAUACCCGAUGGACACCAGAAGAAGAUGAAUUGCUACGUCAAGCAGUUGCUCUUCAUGGACCACAUAAAUGGUCAUUGAUCGCAUCGCACGUGCCCAACCGUACCCCUAUGCAAUGCUCUACACGAUGGCUGGGUGCAUUAAAUCCCAAUAUCCAUAAAGGUCGCUGGACCGAACAUGAGGAUGCCGUAUUGCGGUAUGCGUAUAUGGAGUUUGCCGGCAUUCCUGAUGGUGAAGGUGGUUUCCAACCAAUUCCAUGGAAUAGGAUUGCUGAACGCAUUCCUAACCGCACCGGUAUCCAAUGUCAAGCUCGGUGGACUGAAGCCUUAGAUCCAUCCGUUCGUAAAGGGAAAUGGAGUGAAGCUGAAGAUGCUUUAUUACGUGCCGGCGUUGAUAAAUUUGGCCGAUGUUGGAUACGUAUUGCUGAAACGGUGCCUGGUCGUACACAGAGACAAUGUCGUACUCGAUGGAUGCAGAUCAAAUCAAAGGAGGAUAAACUGCAGGGCAAAAAAUCACCAUGCAAAAGACCAGCAUGCCCUACACCUAUGGAUGAUGCAGCUGAAUUAUCAAGCUGUGCAUCCACCGAGCCAGAUUCAUCGCUUGAUUUUGCCGCUGCCGAUUCAUCGUUACAACAUCAGCAGCAACACAACACUUUUCGUCUUUUAGAUGAUCUCAGCAUGUUUGAUCCACAACAUCAUCACCAUCAUCAUCAUCCUUAUCAGGACAACAAAAUGGCUACCCCGCUUGAUUUGUUACCUACUUCCGGUAGUGGUGGUGGUGGAGGUGCCACCCCGACAACAGCUGAAAGUACCAUGGCUAUGCAUCACGAUAACAAUGCACCUGCUCUGUCAACAACGUCAACAGCAGCGGCAGCAGCAGCAGCCAUGACAGAGGAUCCAUCAUCUUUGUUUGCAUCAUUUUGA